UGGAAUGUAAUGUUUGCUUUAGACAGCAGUGGCAGCAUUGACUUCAGAGAAUGGGAGUAUACAAAAGCAGCGGCCAGGUACAUCCUUGCCAUCAUCAACAACGUCCCAGACCCGAACAGUAUAGACACAAACAAGCACAAGUUUGGUCUGGUACGCUUCUCCAGCACGGAAACGACUACAGUCAUCGUCAAUCUGGGGAAACACCCGACGUUCGCCAUGAACGAUAAAAGUAUUGCCGACCUAGCGAAAGUCGGUUAUUUGACGGAUACAUUCAAAGCUUUGACACUGUGUGAUACAGAGCUUCGUGACAAAGAUCCGCGGCUUGUCUGGCUGUUCACUGACGGCUUAUAUACACAAGGGGGUAAUGCGGGAGAAAAGGCAGAGGCCAUGAAGAAAGACGGAAUUAACAUUUGUGUCGCUGCCGUUGGCUUACGUGCCCACAUGGACGCAAUCAACAAAAUGGCUUCGCCGAUUAAAAUCAGCAACACGCAGAACACGACAGAGAAAUGCGUUCUUAAUUACCAGUCCUUUGCAGAUUUGAAGUAUGACGCGUAUAGUGCCCUGCAGAAAGUGUUAUCAUAAUUACCCCCCCCCCCCGUCUGAUUUCUAAAUAUGCAAAUGCCAUUGUUAUAAUUUAGACCGAGUAUUAAUGAAUGUAACUGUAUAUUGAUGGUAUAGAUAUGAACUUAAAAUAAAUGUUUUUUUCGUAUAAACAUUAGACCAUGCUGAAUUAAAUAAAAAACGGUUUUCGCAUGGCUUUUCUUAUAAUGAUAUAUUAAAAGGAUUUUAAUACCGGGAUUUGUCUUUGACCUUUUUUGUUUAUACUUACUUUUUCUUCUCUGGUCUUUUUUUCUAUUUUUUUCAUUCCUUUUUUUAAAAUUGUGUUAUAUUAGUGAGAAUAAGAAUAAGAAUGGACUCCGCACAAAUAAUGGUCCCUGAGGAUCCGGCAAAGUAUGGUUCCAAGAUGAAGAUUUCACCCCAAACACCUGGCUGAAAAUUUUUAGAUUUUUUCUAUUGGUGAUUUAUCUUGGAAUAUGGAUAUAUCUUGGAAUAUAAUAUAUCUGCUCGUCUAAGUGCGGGAUUAUCUAGAACCGAUGAAGAAUUAAAUGCCAAAAAGUCUAAACCAAUUUUGGAGCAAUAGCCAUUUUGUGAAACUAUAAAACAAGACACUCGAGUUUGUCAUCUAUUAUUAUUGCAAUAAACAGUAUGUACCACACCAAUAACAAACGAAUACAGAAAUAAAAUCUUUGUUAAGUCAAAGUUAUGAAAACUUA